AUGGGUAGACGAAAAGCUGUUCGUACUGUAGAGGAAGAGGAAGAAUUUCAGCGACUGAAAAGAGAACGAAAGGCUAUAAAUCAACAAAAAUAUCGUGAAAAAAAUAAAGAAAAUGCAGCAAACAAUGUAGCUGGGCCAUCUAAAAUUUGUAAAUCACAGAGCAAUAGUACUUUGACAACUCCGAAUUCAAAACUUGAUAACAAUAAUGUUAAUAUAAUAAAGAGACUGUUAACUACCAACGAAGUAUUUGCGAGUGUCGUUGAAAAUACUACAAAAACAAGAAAAAUGGAUGAAGAAUGCCAACAUUGUAGAGCAAAGCAUUUUCACGCUGAAAAAGUUCACAAUAAAGAGUUAUUACAUACGUUAGAUAAUAUUAUCCGUAGCAACAAUAUAUUUGCUCAGUCAUAUCAAAUGAUGCACGAAGAAAUUCGUGAUCUAGAAAAUUUAGGUUUAAAUGUACCUGACUUAAAAAUGGGAUUUUUAAAUAAAAAAACAGGUAUUGAUCGCGGAAGAUAUAAUGUUCAAAGAACUAACGAAGUUGCUGCAAUUUUUUCAACUACCGCAGAUGGAGAUAUUCCUGAUUGUUAUGUUACAAUUAGAAACAAACGUAAUAAAACUUUAAAAUAUGUUAGUACAAUGGAUCCAAACGUUGAACCUUGGAUUUAUCCAAUGUAUUAUCCGCAUGGUACGCAAGGUUGGUGCGAUGAUAUUAAACAAAUCAACGGAAAACGUGUGACUAGAUCCAUGUACGUUCAAUACCGAAUAGCUGUACGAGAUAAUUUCAAUGUUUAUUUAAUGGGUAAACGACUAUUUCAACAAUGGCUUGUUGACAGCUAUGUAAAAAUCGAAAAAGACAGAAUUAAUUGGUGCAAAGAAAAUCAAAAACAGUUGAGAGUGGAAAAACAUCAAGGACUGAUCGAUUAUUUAGAAAAAGUAGCGACUAACGCUAAUGCUCGUAUUGGACGAGUAAUGAUUCUUCCAUCGACAUUUAUUGGUUCACCUCGAAAUAUGAUGCAAAAUUACCAAGAUGCGAUGGCUAUUGUUCGUAAGUAUGGUAAACCGGAUGUUUUUAUUACAAUGACGUGCAAUCCAAAUUGGCUUGAAAUUAAAGAAAAUUUACUUUCAAAUCAACAACCUGCUGAUAGACCUGAUAUUUGUGCUAGAAAAUUUUUCGGUGAGGUAAAAGCAUUUGUUUAUGUAAUCGAAUUUCAGAAACGUGGUUUGCCCCACGUACAUAUGUUAGUAACUUUGAAACAAAAUUGCAAAAUUAGUAAUUCGGAAACUGUUGACAAACCUAUUUCCGCUGAAAUUCCCGAUCCUGCUAUUGAUAAAAAUUUAUAUGAAAUUGUCAUGAAAAAUAUGAUUCAUGGACCUUGUGGUGAUUGGUGCAUGGUAAAUAGAAAAUGUUCAAAACAUUUUCCAAAACCCUUUCAUGAGGAAACAACUAUGGAUGAAAAUGGUUAUCCACAAUAUCGUCGAAGAAACACUAACAUUUCGUAUGAAAAACUCAAAGGUUUUGUAGUAGAUAAUCGAUUUGUCGUUCCUUAUUGUCCAAUAUUAUUAAUGAUUUUUAAUUGUCAUAUUAAUGUUGAAGUUGUUUCAAGUAUUAAGUCGGUGAAAUAUUUAUAUAAAUAUAUUUAUAAAGGUCACGAUGCAGCGUCCGUAGUCAUAGGAGAAAAUUUGAAUAAUAUAGAGAUUGUUCAUGAUGAAAUUAAGGAUUUUAUAGAAGCACGUUAUGUAGGACCAGUUGAGGCUUACUGGCGUAUUGCAGGUAAAACAUUGCAAGAGAAAAGUCAUGCUAUUAUUCGUUUACCUGUACAUUUGCCAAACGAACAAAAUGUAAUUAUCUCUAAUAAUUUAAACGAAGAAAAUUUACGAUAUGCUUUAGAACGUAUAACAAUGUUGAUGGACUAUUUUGAUUUAAAUAAACGAGAUAUUGAUGCAUGCCAGUACGUGUAUACAGACAUACCUUCAUAUUAUGUAUUCAAAAAAGUAACGCUUGACGGAAAACAAGUUAAUCGUUGGGAAAAACGUCAAUGUAGAUUUAAUUGCAUCGGACGUAUGUACUCAGUUAGUCCAACUGAAAUCGAGUUAUUUCACUUGCGUAUUCUUUUAUUGAAUGUUAAAGGAGCAACAAGUUAUAAUGAAUUAAAAACAGUUAAUGGUGAAUUGCAUCAAACGUUUACUUCUGCAUGUUUGGCUUUGGGUUUAAUUGAAGAUGAUAACGAAUGGAAACUUGCAAUAAACGAAGCUUCUGUCUGGAUGAUGCCGAAACAUCUUAGGCUACUUUUUGUACGAAUAUUAAUGCAUUGCCAACCAGUGCACCCAAAAGAAUUGUGGGAAGAAUUUAAAGUUGCAUUGUCUGAAGAUUAUAUACGACGAUUUGGACAAGUUACUGGAAUAAGAAAAGCUUAUGUUCAAAUUGAUCAAUUACUUCGCAAAGAAGGUUGGGAACUUUCGCAAUUUCCAGAAAUGGAACAAAUAACGGCAGAAUAUGAAAAAGAAGAUACGGAACAAUUGCAAAGAGAAGCUUUACUCGGUCAGCAACAGUACAGUCAGUUAAAUUGUGACCAAAAAAGUAUUGUGGAUUAUGUUUCAACUCUUUUGGAAAAAAACGACAGUCAACAGAUAAAAUGUUUAUACAUUGACGGUCCAGGUGGUUCAGGUAAAACUUUCGUUUAUACAACACUAUACUAUUUACUUAAAUCUCAAGGCAAAGUUGUUAGUUCAAUGGCUUUUACUGGUAUCGCUGCAACGUUAUUACCAAAUGGAAGAACAGUACAUAAAACUUUAGGUUUACCCGUACCCCUUUUUGCUGACUCAACAUCAAAUAUAAAAAUUCAAUCAAAAGAAGCUGACUGUUUGAAAAAAACAGAUGUUUUUAUUUGGGACGAAGCACCAAUGGCACCGCGAUAUGCCCUUGAAAUCAUGAAUUAUCUUUUGCAGGACAUAAUGCAAAAUAAUAUACCGUUCGGUGGUAAGAUUGUUGUUCUUGGUGGGGAUUUCAGACAACUAUUACCAGUGAAACAAAAAGCUACACGUUCUGAAACGGUAAAUUUAUCAAUUAAAUUCAGCUCAUUAUGGCAACAUUUCAAAAUCUUUUCAUUAACGGAAAAUAUGCGCAUUUUACCACAUGAACAUGAAUUUGCUCACUUUUUAUUAGAUUUGGGUAAUGGUACUUUGAACGAUCAGUAUAAUAAUGUUGAAGUCCCACUGAGAUGUUUGGCAGAUUUAAAUGCAGACAUAGUAAAAGAUACAUACGAAGAAAUAAUUAAACACAAUCAGUAUAGACUUGCGGCAAAACGUGCCAUACUUUCCGCACGAAAUGUUGAUGUGGACGCAAUAAACAAACAAGUUGUGAAUUUACUUGAAGAAUCAACAGAAAGAAUAUAUACAAGUGUAGACACUGCUGAGACUACUAACGAUAAUCAUGAUAUUAAUGAAGCCAUUUUAACAGAGUAUUUAAAUACUUUAAAUCCACCAAACCUUCCACCUCAUGAACUUCGAUUAAGAAAAUAUACGGUUAUCAUGCUGAUUAGAAAUCUGAACAUUAGUGAAG